GUGGGCGGAGACGACAGCUGGCUUGGAGCGGAAUUUGAAUAGAUGGAGCAGAAUUGACACAAAGUUGCUGAACGUGUGCGGUUGGUAAAAACUGGUUUGUGACUGGACUGCUAUGGCGUCUCAGGUUGAGGAUGAAGGAGAUGAUGAGAUGGAUUUAGGAGACUGGACUCCAGUGCGUGGUAGUAGAGGGUCGGGAAGAGAGAGAAGAGAAGGAAAUAUGGCAGAGACACAAAGUAGCAAACGGAGUCUGGAAGGAAACAGUUCGGAUGAAAAUAAUGUAGGGUGUAAGAGAAUAGUUCGGGAGGAAGCUAAACUAAUAAUAAAGUUUAGAAAGGAGGAUGAAGGUAUUCAUCUUAGUCCGUUGGCUCUGUCGAAAGAAUUAAAAAAGAAGUUUGGAGAGCUGACAUUUGCUAAGAUACUUAGAGAUGGGAAUCUGUUGGUUACCGUGAGGAAUGAAGAACAGAAAAAUAAAGUAAUGAGCACCCAAAGUAUUUGUAAAAAAAUGAUUACACAGGUAAAGAUUGUGGGAGAGGAUAAAGUAGUAAGAGGGGUGAUUACAGGUAUUCCAGUGGAGGAAGAUCUUGAAAAGUUCCGAAGAAGUAUUUAUGGAGGAGAAGUAAGCAAAAUUAAAAGGUUGAUGAGAACAGUUGAAGGUGAAAGAGUGGAAAGCCUAUCAGUAAUGCUGGAGUUUCAAACAAAUGGUCUUCCUGAAAGGGUAAAAGUUGGGUGUAUGUGUUUUCCUGUGAGGCCAUAUAUCCCUCCGCCUCUCAGGUGCUAUAAAUGUCAGAGAUAUGGUCACAUCGCUGCAGCAUGUAGAGGAAAACAAAGAUGUCCAAAGUGUGGAGGAGAGCAUAGCUAUGAUGAAUGUAAAAAUGGGAAGGAUACUUGCUGUAAUUGCGGAGGGCAACACAGAGUGACUUAUGGAGGAUGUGAGGUCAGAAGAAAAGCAAUGGAAAUCAAACAAGUUAAAGUCACCAAUAAUAUAAGUUAUGCAGAAGCUGCUAAAAGAGUGAAGCCAAAAGAAGUGAUAAGAAAAGUUCAACCAAAUCCAACACCAGAACAAAGACAGAGUGGAACUGAAAAUGUGCUAACAGUUGAAAAGAUAUUGUUGUUCAUUGCAUAUGUCAUAAAUUGUACAGAUCAAGUUAAGCAAAAAACAGAAAAAAUCAAAAUAAUUGUGAAAGGGGCAGAGAGGUUUUUUUGGUAUAAAGGACAUAUCCUGGGAGCACAUAAAUAAGAGACUAGGGGCAGGAGGACAGGAAGACAAAAACUGAAAAUCUUACAAUGGAACGCUAGAAGUCUUAUUGCAAACGGACAAGAGUUUAAAGGAUUUGUUAGAGAAUUUAAAGAAGAUAUAGAUAUUUUAUGAAUUCAGGAAACUUGGCUUAAACCAAAUCUUGAUUUUGUUAUAAAAGGAUA